CCGGUAUUUUAAGCAAAAAUAACGAAGAUGUGUUUGGUGGCACAUACUGUAGGUCGAUACGAUACAACACCACGUUUGUCCCGUGAUAGCGGCGCAGCUGUGACGCAGCGCUGAAGCUGUCAGUCAACAUCACAGAGGAAUCAGGAAGAAGGAGUUUAAGGAAGAGGGAACCGGUCACAUGAUGACUGGUCCAACUGGACUUUUCAGGUGUAAAUUCCAGACCUGCUGGUCUCCGUGAGUCUCCUGCAGGUGUGUGCGCGUGCAACAUGGAGCUCGGCUACCAGGACUGGAUGUCAGCGCUACCCGAGGAGCUGUGGGACGUUCCCCUGACGGACCUGGCCAUACCCGGAAGCCACGACGCCAUGAGCUACUGUCUGGACAUCAACUCGCCGCUGGUGCGGUCGGAGUCGAACCUUUUCAGGCUUCUGGACAGACUCUUCUACUGCUUCACCAGGCCGCUCAUAUUUAAAUGGUCAACGACGCAGGAUAAAAGCAUCGAGGAGCAGCUUUCAUUGGGCAUCCGGUACUUUGAUCUCCGCAUUGCUCACAAACCCAACGACCCGUCCAGCGACCUGUACUUCACACACGUCAUAUACACGCAUCUCACCGUUGUGGAAACCCUUCUGUCCGUCGCCACCUGGCUCGAGUCUCACCCGAGGGAGGUCGUCAUCCUCGCCUGCAGCCACUUCGAGGGGAUGGACGACAAGCGCCACGAGGCCUUUAUCCGGUCCCUCAAGAAGCUGUUCGGCUCAAAACUUUGUCCCCGCAAGCAGUCAGACUUGACCCUGCGGAGCCUGUGGGCGUCUGGUCAGCAGGUCAUCGUGUCCUACGAGUCGCAGGCGGCAGCCAGACACCAGGAGCUGUGGCCGGCCGUCCCGUACCUGUGGGCCAAUCAGAGGACGGCACAAGGAGUCAUCAGCUACCUGGACUGGCACCAGGACCUGGGGCGUCCUGGUCAGUACAGCUUCUUCGUCUCCGGCCUGAACCUGACGGCUGACAGGGCCUUUAUCGCCCAGAACCCAAAGGAGUCCCUGCGCACGCUCACCUUCAGCAACUGGGAGCGUCUGAGGGAAUGGGUGGAGGAGCAGAUGCCGGGCUCGGAGCCCAAGAGCCUGAACAUCAUCGCAGGAGACUUUGUGGGGCCGCUUCCACUCUGCCCUCUGGUCAUCGCACUGAACCAAAAACUGCUCCAGAAGAACAGCAGUCAGAUAAAGACCCAGAUGGCUGUGAACUGAUUCCACUGAUACAGCUUUUAUAUCUUGUUAUUUUUCCAUUUUAUUAUACGUGAUUCCACUUUAAUAUUAACAAGAAUGUUUCCCAUCCUUUUGCAAAUGAAUCCCCUAUCUUUUAAUACAUACUACAGUGCAUAAACGCG